ACCGCCUGGGAGGGCGGCGCAAGGGUGGUUCGCCGGGCGGUGCGGGGCGCGCGGUCCGGCCAUGUCUCCGGGGGAGGCGGCGUCGGGCUGAGCGGCCGUGCGCGCGGCGGGGAGCGAUCUCCGCUACCAUGAGGCGGCUGCCGCUGCUCCCGCCUUUCCCUCUGCUGCUGCCGCCGCUGCUGCUGCUGCUGCUGCCCGCCGAGGUCAGAUGUACAGCUGCCUGCACUGACAACUGUAGCUUGAAAAACAUAACUGAAGAAAUGGGAACCAGUAGUAAUGAUGAAUUAUCAGUGAAUGCUACAAGUGGGAACAGGAGAUUAUCAGAGGAUGUGUCACUAUCUGGCAGGGCCAUGAGUGAUCAGAACAGCGUAGCACAGCCCAGCAAGGUGAUUGAUCUCAAGGCAGAGUAUGUUGGUGUGACUUCUGUCAACUUAACCUGGACAGUGAAUGAGACAGCGUCAGACACCUACACAUACAGAAUAGAGGUUAGCAAUGGGCACUCCAUUUACAAUGAAACAUCAAAUAUCACAGAAACUGAAAUUACUGGGUUAACCCCUGGGACGCCGUACACUUUCACAGUCUUUGCAGUAGCAGCUGAUGGUGUGACGGAAGGAGAAGGAGCAUCCAUAAGCCUGUAUACAAAGCCCAGUGCGGUGCUUGAUCUCAAGGCAGAGUAUGUUGGUGUGACUUCUGUCAACUUAACCUGGACAGUGAAUGACACAGCGUCAGCCUCCUACAUGUAUAGGAUAGAGGUUACAAGUGUCUCUUUUAAUGACAACCUGACAUCGAACAUCACCAUGGCUGAGAUUACUGGAUUAAUCCCUGGGACACUGUACAAUUUUAAGGUCUUUGCAGUAGCAGCUGAUAAUCAUACAGAAGGAGAAGGAGCAUUCACAAGCCUGUAUACAAAGCUCAGCCCGGUGCUUGGUCUCAAGGCAGAGUAUGUUGGUGUGACUUCUGUCAACUUAACCUGGACAGUGAAUGACACAGCAUCAGACACCUACACAUACAGAAUAGAGGUUAGCAAUGGGCACUCCAUUUACAAUGAAACAUCAAAUAUCACAGAAACUGAAAUUACUGGGUUAACCCCUGGGACGCCGUACACUUUCACAGUCUUUGCAGUAGCAGCUGAUGGUGAGACAGAAGGAGCAUCCAUAAGCCUGUAUACAAAGCCCAGUGCGGUGCUUGAUCUCAAGGCAGAGUAUGUUGGUGUGACUUCUGUCAACUUAACCUGGACAGUGAAUGACACAGCGUCAGCCUCCUACAUGUAUAGGAUAGAGGUUACAAGUGUCUCUUUUAAUGACAACCUGACAUCGAACGUCACAAUGCCUGAGAUUACUGGAUUAAUCCCUGGGACAUUGUACAAUUUUAAGGUCUUUGCAGUAGCAGCUGAUAAUCAUACAGGAGGAGAAGAAGCAUUCACAAGCCUCUACACAAAGCCGACACCAGUAUUUGAUCUCAAGGCAGAGUAUGUUGGUGUGACUUCUGUCAACUUAACCUGGAGAGUGAAUGAGACAGCUUUGGACAACUACACAUACAGAAUAGAGGUUAGCAAUGGGCACUCCAUUUACAAUGAAACAUCAAAUAUCACAGAAACUGAAAUUACUGGGUUAACCCCUGGGACGCCGUACACUUUCACAGUCUUUGCAGUAGCAGCUGAUGGUGUGACGGAAGGAGAAGGAGCAUCCAUAAGCCUCUAUACAAAGCCCAGCAAGGUGAUUGAUCUCAAGGCAGAGUAUGUUGGUGUGACUUCUGUCAACUUAACCUGGACAAUGAAUGACACAGCAUCAGACACCUACACAUACAGAAUAGAGGUUAGCAAUGGGCACUCCGUUAACAACGAGACAUCAAAUAUCACAGAAACUGAAAUUACUGGGUUAACCCCUGGGACACCGUACACUUUCACAGUCUUUGCAGUAGCAGCUGAUGGUGUGACGGAAGGAGAAGGAGCAUCCAUAAGCCUGUAUACAAAGCCCAGCAAGGUGAUUGAUCUCAAGGCAGAGUAUGUUGGUAUGACUUCUGUCAACUUAACCUGGACAGUGAAUGACACAGCAUCAGACACCUACACGUACAGGAUAGAGGUUGCACGUGAAAGUCUAAUUAACGAGACCAUGUCAGUAGUCACUGGAAGUAUUGUAACCAGUUUAAUCCCUGGGACCUCUUACAAUUUCACGGUCUUUGCAAUAGCGGCUGAUGGUCAGACGGAAGGAGAAGGAGCAUCUAUAAGCCAAAAUACAAUUCCUUCCUCAGUGAGUUCAUUUCAGUGUGAAGCAGUGGCUAAUACAUCUUGCCUAAUGCUGAAGUGGGACUGUCCUUAUGGCGGCUACUCUGGCUUUGAUAUUGAAAUAUUUAAUGAUACUUGGACAAAAAAUGAACACAGUCAAUUCUGUGGGAGAGAAGGCUCAGAAGAAAGCUUCAUAACAGAACCUUUAGAUUAUUACAAAACCUAUACUGUUAAUAUUACAACUGUUUCAGAAGGUUUAAGAAGUCUUCCAGUGCAGAUAAUAUGUAAUACAAGCAUUACAGAUCCACCUGUUCCAAACGAAGCUCCUGUAGUCAAGGCAGUCAGUCACAACUCACUGACUGUUGAGUUUCCUGACUUUGAGUCAGUGAAUGGACCAUUAAAAGCUUAUGCAGUAAUGAUCAUAAGUGAAGCAGAAGGUUGUUCGCCUUCAAAGUCUGAUUUGAGCUACACAUACAGCGAUUUCAAGCAGAAGAUGACAGCUACCUAUGUGACAUAUGUCAUAGACGUAGAGGAGAUGACAUCUUUCAAUUCUCAGAAUGGGCACAACAUUGUCGACGUAGGCAAGGGAAACACCAUGUAUGGCUAUGAAAAUGGACCGUUGAUUCCUCUUCAUUCGUACAGGGCAAGUGUUGCAGGUUUCACUAACAUAACCUUUACUGUGGCCAACAAAAUUAUGGGUGAACAAAGUUAUGUGUCGUUUUCACCGUGUUCCAACAUGGUUUCAUUACCCCAGGAUCCAGGUGUUAUUGCUGGAGCCGUUAUUGGAUGCCUUUUAGCUAUAUUGGCUGUAGUAGCUAUAGGGGGUUACAUAUUCUGGAGGAGGAGAAGGAAAGAUAAAAGAAAUACUGAAGUGUCUUUUUCUCCAAUUAAAUCAAAAAUGAUUAAAGUAGAGAACUUUGAGUCCUACUUUAAGAAGCAGCAAGCAGACUCCAACUGUGGUUUUGCUGAAGAGUAUGAGGAACUCAAGUCUGCUGGUGUUCAUCAGCCCAAAUUUGCUGCUGAAAUUCCUGAGAACAGAGGGAAAAAUAGAUACAACAAUGUCUUACCAUAUGAUAUUUCUCGUGUUAAACUUUCAAAUCCAAGCUGUGCAACUGAUGAUUAUAUUAAUGCAAACUAUAUGCCUGGAUAUAGCUCAAAGAAGGCAUUUAUUGCUGCACAAGGCCCUUUACCCAAUACUAUAGAAGACUUCUGGCGCAUGAUUUGGGAAAAGAAUGUCUACUCUAUUGUCAUGUUGACAAAAUGUGUUGAGCAGGCCCGGACGAAAUGUGAGCAAUAUUGGCCAGACAAACAAUCUAAGAGUUAUGGUGACAUUAUUGUGACAAUGGUCUCGGAAGUUGUUCUUCCAGAAUGGACAAUAAGGGACUUCAAUGUAGAAAACGCUGACACACUGGAGAGCCACACAGUGCGUCAGUUCCAUUUUACAUCCUGGCCAGAUCAUGGAGUGCCAGAGACAACAGACCUGCUAAUCAACUUUAGACAUCUUGUUGAUGAAUACAGCAGUCAGAAUCCUAUUGACUCUCCUAUUCUAGUGCACUGCAGUGCUGGUGUGGGGAGGACAGGAACAUUUAUUGCCAUUGACCGCCUGAUUCAGCAGAUUGAAAUGGAGAACACUGUGGAUGUGUAUGGAGUGGUGUAUGAUCUUCGAAUGCACCGACCUCUAAUGGUGCAAACCGAGGACCAAUAUGUCUUCCUAAACCAGUGCGUCAUGGAUAUUAUUAGAUCACAGAAAGAGAAGAAAACAGACCUUAUUUAUCAAAACACAACAGCAAUGGCAAUCUAUGAAAAUUUCACACCUGGACCAGCUUUUGGGAAGGCUAAUGGCUAUCAUGCAUAACCAGGACACAACGCAGUCUCUCCAGGAAUUGCUGUCUGUGCAUGAGAAAGGGAGAUGUUCUUACAUUUUCCAGGAUUGUGUGCAGUGUCUCGUGUCUGGUUUCUCCAGUUCUGUCCUCAUAUGAAGAAGUGAUCUUCUGGAGGAAAAAAAAAAGACAAUACUGGCAGGAGCCAUGGAUCGAUAAAAAAGAAAAACUAUUUAAAGUUAACAGAGGAAUUCUGAUUUUUUUCUUGGGAAUUUAACAGUACUGAUAGGUGAAAUAGCAUUUGCAGUACGAACAAGGAACUAGAAUUUAAAUAUUAAAAUAAUAACACAAGCUUUUUAUUACAAUUUUAUAUGAUUUCAUUUACAGACAACAGGCUUGUGGGCUGUUUUAAUAUAUUUAAUUAUAAGUUUUGGGAACAUAUUUUAUCUGCUGUAUCUGGUUACCUAGCUAAUAGAUAUGUGCCUCUGUGAUUUAUUUUUUUUCUGAAUUUUCCUUUUUAUUUAAAAAAGGAGUACAAACACCUCCUCCAAAUGGACAUUUGUACUUGGAAAUUGUGCCUUUUCUAGUUGCUACUCUAGAAAAAAAAAAAAAAAACAAACAGCAGAGAUUCUAUUUUUGUACUGAAACUCUUGAAAUGAGAACACAGAUUUUUAAAUAAGGCUUAUGUCAAACUUAACUGUAGUUGCACUGUUGGCAGGACUCUCCAGAAGUUUGGAGGUGAGCUUUGUUUUUGCAUUUCACCACAAAUAUCCCCUGCCUUAAUGUUUCGGUGCCUCUGCUAGAGGAAGAGGAGUGUGAUGUGUCACUCAGAGCUUUAACUGUAGUGAAAAACUGAGCAAGUGUGUACAUGGAUGUGUGUGCAGGGGUGUGUGUGGGUGUGUAUGAAGGACAGAAUAGCUCCUCCCUGUUCCUGGUUGAUAUUCCUGUUUUUAUACAAUGAUGAUUUAUUUAAAGGUGCAAUAUAUGAUUUACUGAAUAAUGAUUGCUCUAUUCUAAUAGAGUUUUACUCAGGUUCGUGUCUUUUUAUCAUUGUUGUUUUUCCUCAGAUGUAUAAAUCUGUGAAAAUGCUGAACUAAGUUUCCAAGUGUCCAAGCGCUCCCAAACAGAUUGACUGGCUUUACUGAUACUACCAAAAUGAAUUGCACAAAAUUCUGCUGUAAAGACCAAUUUCUUGCUUGUUUUAGCCAUUCAGAACUGAAGCACAUCUUACCCACCUGCAUCUCAUUAAUACAAUGUAAUUGUUUUAUAGUUGUUUGCAAUGUACUGCUGCUGUUAUUUUAACUGGUCCUUUUAAAAACAGAACAAAUGUGUGGAAAACCCAGAGUUGCUGAUUUUGCAAGCCAAGGAUUUGAUGAGAUUUAUUUUGCUGGUACAUGACUGCUAGACUUAUGAAGGCAUUACCAAUGAAGGACUUCUGAAGUACUUUGGAGGGCAUGUAGGGUUUUUUUGACCUUUGGAUCAUUGCACUGUUUGCAUCGCAAAGGAAUAUGAAGUUUUGGAAUAGCGCUAUAGAAGAGCUAUCAAGCGGUGAAAAUCUUGUGAAGGGUUUAAUAACCAGAGUCCCUGGAAUUCUGCUGCUUUUUUUUUGUUUGUUUCUUUCUUAGUUUUUGGCAGAGUUGUCAGAAAUAGCUCCUAUACUUAGAAUUCAGGAAAAUCUAGGAAUUCCUGGUGCACAGCUGUAACGUUACAGGUAACCAGAGGAGCUCGACAACAGUGUGAAACUGUGGUAUGUUGUGCGAGCAAAUCUGGAGGACCAACCACAAAGUGCUUCAGCUUUUUUUCUCAUAGCAGCUGCUUGUGGAUUCUUGAAUUUUUUUUUUCUUUCUUUUUUUUCUUUUUUUAAA